UAGUCAGGCUUGCUGAUAUUGGUACAAUCAACAAGCCAGAUACCCGAGAGAUCUCAGCGCUCACAUUCCGCAACCCAGAGGUCAUUUUGUGGAGCCCUGGGACCAAAGCACCGAUGUAUGGUCCUGGGCCAUCAUCGUAGGUGUCAGAGUUUGCGUGGCGUUCUGUUACAUCUACUAGUACAUGGGCAGCUCGCGCAGCUACUCCUUGCUCAGGUCGACUUCAGGUCGCCAGGCAUGUACGAUUCCAUUGCGACUGGUUCCCUCGAGGAGAAGACGAGAGCAGUCCCGGAUGCCAUCGCCAUAGAUUCUGAUCUACAUUCCGUGCCCUGGUGCGCCGAGGACGUUAAAUCCCGAGCCUUGCUGCCGCCUGCCCAACCAAACAAAGCAUACAAAUGGGCAGAGACGGCGAUGGAAAAGAGGGUUUCGGGUGAGGAUAUCCAGUUCUUAGCCAACGUUCUGAACCCCCUUUCUUAUACUAGGUUUACAACUGGAGAGAUCUUGGAGAGCGAGUAUCUAAACAUAAAGAAGCCGCAGGCCCAUAAAUUGAAGGGCUCUGCUGCCUGGCAAUAGAAGUACCACUCGUCCAACCCUGGUUGUCUUUUAGUGCGGCAUAAGCUACAGGUGACGACGUGCAGAAGCACGGAAGGUGAAAAGAACAUGGUAAGGGGGGAAGAGGUAGAUCGAACGGUAGGAAACCGAAGCACGAGG